AAAGGGCCGCUGUCAUCCUUUUGACGUCAGUGGCGUUCUGGAUUUAAACUCACGAGAAGAUGGCGGCGGGUGCCGAGUGGAGAGGUUCGCGUAUCUGCCGUCGUGGUAGCGGCGGCGAUGGCGGCAACUCCAGCACCGAGGAUGAGUCUGCUAUCCAGGAGGAUCCAAUGAAUUCAGAUGAUGUACCCAUGAAGGAGGCCAGGCCAAUACAGAUAGUUGUGGCACAUGAAGAUAAUCAUCACUUUGAUCUUGAUGAAGCAUCAUUGGAGAGAAUUCUAUUGCAAGAACAUAUUCGAGACUUGAAUGUUGUGGUUGUCUCAGUGGCAGGAGCAUUUCGUAAAGGCAAAUCAUUUUUGUUGGAUUUCAUGCUACGAUACAUGUACAGUCAGAAUGAAGGUAUCUCUGAUGCUCUGGAAGGGAAAGCCUCAUCCUGGAAACAUGUGGAGAUGAAGGAACUGAGAAAAGGGAAUGGUAUUUUUCCAGGAGACAGGAUGGGAAGCAAUAGUCAAGAUAGCAGUGGGAGUUGUCCCCAGGAUCCCAGCACCUGGCUAGGUGGCAAUGAAGAACCACUGACUGGAUUUACCUGGCGAGGCGGAUGUGAACGAGAAACUACUGGUAUACAAGUUUGGAGUGAAGUUUUUGUGAUCAACAAAUCUGACGGAAACCAGGUUGCAGUCCUUCUAAUGGAUACUCAGGGGGCCUUUGACAGCCAGUCAACCAUAAGAGACUGUGCUACUGUGUUUGCUCUUAGCACCAUGACAAGUUCUGUUCAGGUAUACAAUUUGUCUCAGAACAUUCAGGAAGAUGAUCUGCAACACUUGCAGCUCUUCACAGAAUAUGGUCGACUGGCUAUGGAAGAAGUAUACCAAAAACCCUUUCAGACAUUAAUGUUUUUAAUAAGAGACUGGAGUUAUCCCUAUGAGCAUCCAUAUGGGCUAGAAGGAGGCAAGAGAUUCUUGGAAAAACGAUUGAAGAUAAAACAAAAUCAACAUGAAGAGUUGCAGAAUGUUAGAAAACAUAUCCAUUCCUGUUUUGCCAAAAUCACCUGCUUCCUAAUGCCUCAUCCCGGUCUGAAAGUAGCUACAAAUCCUGGUUUUGAUGGGAGAUUAAAAGACAUUGAUGAUGAUUUUAAAAAGGAACUUCGCAAUGUAGUGCCAUUUCUGCUGUCCCCUGAGAACUUGGUAGAAAAGGAAAUAGGAGGAAGCAAAGUAACUUGUCGGGAUCUAGUUGAAUACUUUAAGGCUUACAUCAAAAUUUACCAAGGAGAGGAGCUGCCUCAUCCAAAAUCUAUGCUACAGGCAACAGCUGAAGCCAAUAAUCUAGCUGCUGUUGCAGGAGCAAAAGAUAUCUACAACAAAGCGAUGGAGAUGUUUUGUGGGGGAGAUAAGCCUUACAUAGCACCAGCAGAUCUGCAGCAGCAACACCUGACCUUAAAAGAAGCUUCUAUCAAGCAGUUUCGCUCAGUCAAGAAAAUGGGUGGGGAAGAGUUCUGUCAGCGUUACCAAGAGCAACUUGAGCAAGAAAUGGAGGAGAACUAUGCAAACUUUGUAAAGCACAAUGACAGCAAAAAUAUUUUUUAUGCUGCCCGUACACCUGCCACGCUCUUUGCUGUGAUGUUUGCCAUGUACGUAAUCUCAGGAGUGACUGGAUUUAUCGGUUUGAACUCGAUAGCUUCCUUAUGCAAUAUCGCAAUGGGAGUGGCUCUAAUAUCCCUCUGUACCUGGGCUUACACUAAGUAUUCUGGUGAAUUCAGAGAAUUUGGAACAAUCAUUGAUCAAGUGGCUGAAACUAUAUGGGAACAGAGGAGUCCAAAGAAGGUGUUAAGCAAGCUGUUCACAUCAGCUCGAAAUAGAGUGAUCCAUCGUUCUGUUACGUCAUCACUGAGGCUAUCAUCAAACAACAAGAAGAAAAACUAGCUGUUGUCCUUUCAUUUUUUGGGAUGGGGAUGGAAGUGUGGACAAUGACAUGUACAGCGUGAACUGGUCAGGGUUUUACUGUGCAGGAGGCUAUAAAUUGUACAUGGUUAACUCAAUGUAGGGUGCAGAGCUACUUAUUUCUUAAGUGACAUUAAAAACUGAGUUGAAAGUUGUGGUAAAUACAUCUUAAGAUCAUGAAUUUUUUAAAAUUUAAUUUUUAUAUAUAUAUAAACCUUGUAUUAUCCAUUGUAUUAUAUAAUGCCAGAAUUGCACAAUCAAUAGUUAGCUUAUUUUUUCACAACUUUCUUUGGUUGAACUUAGUUUUCCAUUCCAUUUUUUAUUCUUUAUUCAUAUAGCUAUUCUGAAGCUACUUAAUGGGGAAACUUACAAUGAACAUAUUUCUGCUUUCUGUUAGUAUGUUUUUAAGUCUCCCUUUUUUCUUUUAACAUUCCCAUAUUACAGGUGUUGAAGCCACUGAGUGACAGUUUGAUGGAGGACAACAUAAAGCAAACUGUAGCAAACUCCAUCAAAGCAGGUUUGACUGAACAGGGCUCCCAACAUGCCAAAUUAAAGACAAACUGACAAUCCAACUUGCCUGGUUCUAUUGCUGUCAAGUGUUUGCUGUAGGUUCUGGAUUUGGUGCAUCAAUUUAUGAUUAUUCUGUGUAGAUUUUGAAGUGCAAGUCCCAACUUCACUGGAUGCUGCCAUAAAGGUCUGAAGAAAGGAGGAAUUUUGCUGGAGAAGAUUUUAAUAAUGGAUAGAAAAUUUUACAUUACUAAAUAAAGUUCAGGGAUAAAUUAAAAACAAAAUUAAUUUUGAAUGUUACUUAUUGUUAUGAACAUAAGUUGAAUUUCCUUUUCCAAGUCACCUCUAGUGCAUUGGUGGAUUUGUGUAAUAGACUGAUUUGUACAGAGUAAUCUGUACAGAUGAAUCAAUGGGAUCAUUUGAGGUGAUACUUAGAAAAUCAAUCAGUGCAUAUUUUCUUUAUUUUGUUAAAGUUCUGCUUUUAUUACCAGUAUUACAGUGCAUGAAUCCAAACUAUCCAGAUGCCUGGAUUACUUUGUUAGGUUGAGAGUAAUUGAAGCUUACCAGGCCUUUUUUUUUCCUGAAUACAUACUGACAACAUUGUGCAUCAUUUACAGUUCAACUGCUGGGAGACUUCACCAUUUCAUUACUGCCAGUAAUCCAUCCAACAUGCUUUUCAUUUUUCUUAACAGUAAUAAGUCCAUCCACAAAGAACUGUUACCUGUAGUUGUCAGUAUUUGACUGCAUACUGCAUUAUCUUUAAUUUAAUUUGCUAUCAAAUUAUAGACAUGGGGCAUGUAUAUGAAAUAUAAAUAUAUAAAUACCAAAUUUUGUAUCUGAAGUUUUUGUAGUUAAUGGCAAAAUCUGGUACAGUGGUAGACUCCGUGCAGUUUAUGUAAAGGACUGUUAUUUGUGAGUGAUGUAAGCAUCAAAAUGCAUCAAAUUUGAGGUUUUGAUAUAUUUGUGAUAUUAACUGCCUUGAGCGUUGCAAUCCUACCCCUUAUUGCAAAGCAUUGGGAAUGUUUGUUGUGGAAUUCAGUUGUCUUCUGUUGCAUUUUAAAGUUAUUUCCUGUAAUUUAUUUUUCAAUAUAUAAUUAAAGUACUCUGAGAUUUCCUGCUUCUGUUUGUAUUUUUUGGGUGAAAUGAAUUCUGCAAGAUGUAAAGGUCAUUUAAGUGUCUAAAACUUUUUUAAAAUUUAAUACUUAAUCUGUGAAAUGUAUCUAGGUCAUAUUGGCCUCAUUUAAAUGUAAAAAGAAAUGUUUCUCCCCCGAGAGUUCUUGUGUCUGUAUAUAAAUCCGUAAUGGGUAAUAUAAAUUGUUUAGAUACACAUUAAACAAUUUUCACAAACUUGCUGAUUGUGCUUCAGAAACAUUCAAAUAUUUCAGUAUUGUAUAUUGUUGCUCAGAUGGAAUAAAGUAAUUUAAUUUGACAGUAAUAAAAUUUUAUUUUGCUCUUGUUAAAACAAUUGAAAACUACUGAAUCUGCAGUAAUUUGUGGAUGAAGCUGUAAUUAGUCUAGUUGGAUGUAUGUCUCAAAAGCCAGCUGGAGUUGUUAGUUUUGUCUGAGCUGGAUCACGAUUGAUUAAACAUAAAGGCUUCCUUCGUCAUUCUGAUGUCUGAAUGUCAUUGACAGGCACAGUUUGCAUCAUUUCAGUGUACCCUGACUGAAGCUGCAAAAUAAUCUGGUAGUCAACUCUAAUUGCAUCCAAUUUGUGUAUAGCACCAAAAUGUAACUAAGGUUUUGACUGCAGAAGGAGUGGUGGUGGUGUGAUCACUUGAGUCUAGGAAAAUACUCUCCUAAGGGGGGUGCCCUUGGGUGGCUGUACAGACUGACCCAUGAUCCACUUGAAUCCAUGCAACAUUCUUUUCAUUUUCCUAUUUAACAGUGAUAAAUUCACCACCACAGAAGGAUAAGGAUUGGAUAUCAGAUCAGCUAUUCUUCAAAUAAUGCUGUGGGGUUUUGAGCAGUGGCCAAAGACAUCCUGUCCCCUUCCAUUAACUCCCUCCUAUGAAUAUUCUUUCACACUUUUGUACAUGUGAACAAUUACUAGUCAGUCUUGCCUCUGUAAUAACCAGGAGAACUAGAAAGUAUAUGAAUAAAGUAUGAUUGUAAACAAGGAGCUU